AUGGUACAUGGAUCUCAACUCUUUACUGCUAGCGAUACUGUGCUAAUAUUUGGGAAUAUCGAGAUGAUAUCUGAUUUUCAUCACAACCGAUUUGGGCCAGAAUUGUACCGACGUUUACGAUGUUUGAUUCAGACAGUUGACGAAUUUCGAAUUUUGCUGAAUCUACCAGCGAAACGUCUCGACGAAUAUCAGGAUGCGAUAGAAAAUUUGAUCAAUGUUACCACUGACGAUAAAGCUAUCAAACACUUGCAAAAAGCGUUAGAUGUGGUCAGUCGUCAGUUUCGGUAUGGUGAAGCACUGUGGUCACUUGAAAAAAUAUCAAACGGAGGAAUUAAUUUGAAAGAUCAGUUGCUAUUUCGAAUUGACGACAUGAAGGUAAAAAAAGAGUAUCAUUUAACUGGACGACUGAAGCCUCGAUGCGUUUUUUUAUUCACUAAAUGUCUGAUAAUUACAAAACGUAUGCCUCGCCAAAAAGAUGCUAAAGCUGUAAGAAAAGGUGGUGAAUUUGGAGAACUGAGAUUCAAAGGAGUUAUAGAUUUUCGACGACCGGAAAUGUGUGGAGUAUCUGGCCUAAUUCAAAAUGAGCCCUUAUUUAAGAUCUUUUAUCAGUGUAACGAAUACCUGGCUGAUGUUUAUGCUUUCACGGCAGACAACAUGGAGACCCGCAAUACCUGGGUAAAAGAUAUAUGUGAAGUGCUUGGCUUCCGUGCGCAACUCCAGGUGAGACCUGGAGAAUUGGGAACAAGUUUUUUAAGAUCUCUUUCAUUAGGACCACGAAAGUCCAGACAAAGUUUUGCCGAGAAAGCCGAAGCACUGAAGAGAGAUCGACUUAUAAGACACUCGUGGCCAAAACAUAUCCUAGCAGAAGUUCAAGAGGCGAAAGAGUUGAAUGAAAUCAAACGUCGGAGACAUUAUAGUAUGCAAGGACAAGCCAAUGACGAAGAAUUUCCAGCAGGGUAG